UUAUGAUAUGCAUGAUUAUGGUUCCACAGGACAGUGACUUUUAUUAUUUGCUGUUAAUUUAAUUGUGAUCUGGUCUAAUUGGAUUUAGAGCAGCCAGGUUUCCCCAACGCUUCACCUUCUUUACCUGCACAUCUAUCUAUUAUUUAUCUGGCUGAAUGUGAAGUGUCUUGUCUGGAGUUAAACAUUUAUAUAUAGAUCACUGGGGAGAGAUAUAUUUGGCUGUACCUCUGACGUUUACUCUGUAUUUACCACGGGAAAUAUGCUGAGCUCCAAAGCUUCUUUGUGUCAAAACUGGAAACAUGAUUUUACUCUGGGAAUAUAAAACUUUAUUUUGGGAGUCUUAAUUAACUUGUGAAUUAUUUUCCUGGAUCCAAAAUGUCAUCUCUCUCUGAGACAUUACUGGCAAAGGCUUUAUAUGACAACUUAGCAGAGACCCCUGAUGAGCUGGCCUUCAAACGUGGGGAUGUCCUGACCGUGCUAGAACAGGACUUCAAUGGAUUGGAGGGGUGGUGGUUCUGUUCCCUCCGGGGUAAACAGGGGAUCGCUCCAGGAAACAGGCUCAAAAUGUUGUCAGGGAUGACUGAAAAUGGACAUCCAGAAAACCUGUACCAAACGCCACCAUCGUCCAACAAGAAUUGGCAUCGCAGGAGUUGGGAUGUCAGUCAUAAUCAGGUUGUGACUCCAGUAAGACAAGGAGAUAUUUUCCAAUUCAACACACCACCACAACAUGACUAUGAUGUUCCUCCAGUAAGACACAGUCGUGGAAAUUCUGUAGACAGGACAAUUCCUGAAAUGAGCUAUGAUACCCCUCCCUCAGUGAAAAACAAUGCUGAAAUAAACAUGCCAGGAUACUCUGUAUAUGAUACACCCCCAUCUGCUCAGAAGGAUGGGAGAAGUAUGUCAUGCAAUUCUGGAGGUGAUGAUGUGUAUGAUGUUCCUCAACCAUCAUCCAACAGAUCAAGUAUUGUGUCCAACAUUUCUCAUUUGUCAAACGAGUCUACCAUGACAGUUUCAACCAGCAGUGCUUCAAACAAAAGUCGAGGAGGAAAGAAUUCAGGUGCACACAGUUCUUGUGAUUCUGCCCGAUCGAGUAUGGACAUCACCCCACAGGACUUUUACGAUGUUCCACCAUCACAGUCCUCAGCUGUGUAUCACCUGAAGCAGCCGUCUGCUGAUUCUGGUUUAGAUCUGUAUGAUUCUCCACCCAAAUUGCGGGCUAUGCUAGAAGAGCUACAAGACUAUGAUGUGCCAAAAUCUGAAUCUCCUGCAAAGAAACAGAAAGAACCAGAAGGAGAAUUUAUUAGAAUUGGUGAAAAUGCAUAUGACAUUCCUGAUGGAAAAUCCAUUGAACAUGACAUUGAUGAUGUGUAUGAUGUUCCAAAAAAUAACACUCUAGUGAGGAAAGGAGAAAAAUCUAUUUUACAUAAAACAGAGGAAAAUUCAAAACCAGAUCAGUUGGAGCUAACAAAAUGUGAAGGGUCUGGUGGUGUGUAUGACAUUCCUCCACAAGUUACCCGUGAUUCAAUUCUGUCAUCCAAAUCGGAUUCAUCGGACAGUACAGAUGGACAGAGAGUGUCUGGAUGUAGUCUUGGAUCCAGGGAUUCUGAUAUUCCCAUCUAUGAUGAACUUCCUCUGGAUCUGGAUGCUGCUAUGGAUCUCAUGGUGAAGCUUCAGCAGGAUGUUCAGAAAUCUACAACUAAAUUAUGCAGCUUUGUGAGUAGCAACUGGAGAAAACGAGAAAAUCUGGAAUCCAAACUUUAUGGAAUCAAAAUUGCCUGCAAUGGUGUUAAACAGACUUUUGAGGAAUUCUUGGAUUUUGCACAAGGAACACUUGCGAACUCAGCACGUCUUCCAGAUAGAAAACUCAUUCAUAAACUUCACAAACAGUUAAAUCCACUACAACAGACUCUGUUACAAAUCAAAAUUUGCAUCACUAACCUGGAUGAGAACAAUUGGCAAGUUUCAAGACUUGUGUCUGACGAUCCUGCCAAAAAUGAUGACUUGGGAAAAAUUGCAAAUAGUGCAAAAGAUCUAACAAUAGAUGUCCGAAAAUUAGUGUCCAUCAUUCAUGGGAAUUCUUCACUCCUCUUCAAGCGAGCUAAAGAUGGCACUCCGUUAAAAGGAGAUGGCCCAUCAGAAUCCUUCAACACUCCUUCAUCAAAACCACCACUGAGACCAAAACCAACCAUGACCCCCAAAACAGCAUUGACUCCUGAGAGAGUGUCUGAUGUCCAACAAAGACCAUUACCACAGCCUCCAGGUAAGGAGAGGCCUCUCCCACCCACACCAAUUAAGGUGACCACUGCUUCCUCAGUGGAGGGAUUGACCAAACCUGUACCGGACACCAGUGCCGAGACCAAGCACCUGUCUGGAGAGCUAAAAAAUCUUUCCAUUGAUGCCAAGGAACAGAAAACUUACAAUGAUGAAGACAUUGCUGAUGAAUAUGAUUAUGUUGCUUUGGAGGCAAAAGAUGGAGAAGAACAUCAGAAAAAUCUGAAAAUGGAGAUUGAGCAGGAAAAAAGAAAAGCAGUGAUUCAUGAGGACUUGGAUGACAAACCAGUGAAAGAAUCAGCUGUACCUGAAUUAUGUCCACUGAAAUCUUUGACAGACAUUCAGAAUUCUCUUUGUGAGGACCAGGAAGCUUGUGAUGAAAUGGAGAGUGUGAAAACUCCAGUGAACAGGACGUUUGUGAUUGAUCCCGCUAAAUGUAUACCCAACAUGAUUAAGCUGGACCCUAAUGAUAAACAAGUGUUGAACUUUUACUCAGGACAGCUGGACACUCACACGACCUUACUUAACAAUGCAAUAGACGCUUUCUUCAACUGCAUCGAGUGUGGCCAGGGACCCAAAAUAUUCAUAUCGCACAGUAAAUUUGUGGUUGUGUCUGCUCACAAACUAGUGUACAUUGGUGAUAAUUUGCAUCGAAAUCUCAUGCACAAUGAAGUAAAAACUAAAAUUAUGCACUGCGCAAAUCACUUGUGUGAUGCACUGAAAUUGACAGUGAAAGCAACUAAAACAGCUGCACUGCAGUACCCCUCUGUUCCAGUGGUACAGGAAAUGGUGGACCGAGUGGUGGACGUUUCACAUGCUGCAUAUGAACUCAAGACUGUGAUUGGACAAGCUUCAGCAUUGUAAACUAUACAUAUGUAGUUCAAAUAAUUAAGUGCUUUAUAUUUUUUGUUGAUAAUUUAUUUUUAAAAAAUUGACAGAUAAUUCUUUUUACCUCAUUUGAGGUAAUAUAUUUGCUACUGAUGUACAAAUUUAGCAGCAUAUAGAUUAUGAAGUGAUUUUUUUUUGUCUUGUUCUUCAAAUUUUUCAUGGACGACAUCCAAAUUUUCUUGUACAAAAAAAAGGUUGUGCUGUAUAUAAAUGUUUUAUGAAUUUGGUAGCACUUCUUGUAAGUGUUUGCACCAUAAAUAAUAUCAAAUGAUCUCAUCCCUUUGGAUAUGGUGCUCAGAACAAAAUCAUCUUUUUUUGUUUCCCAGUUGAAAUAUUAGUAGCAAAUAUUGUAUUUUUCUAUGUGAAUUAUGAAUGCACAUUGUCACCUUGCCAAAAAAAAAAAAGGAAACCACACUCUAAGGGAAAUUACUCUGGUAUUGCACAAUAUUUGUAUUGCAGAUGUGCCUUAGAAUCAUCAUGUACAGAUUGCAGCAUUGUAAUUUUUUGUAGAGAUAUGCAAAUCUUAAAAUUUAUUAUUAGUAUAAAUUAAAAUGUCAGAAAACAAAUAACUGAUUGUGUUCAACUUCACUCCUAUUUUCUUAAUUUUUUUCUUUUUGAAUACACUCUGUGACUUUUUUUUGUUAAUUUCAUCUUUUAUAAUACUAUAAUUGUAUUGUACAGAAAGUGACAAUAUACCAAACAAUUCAUAACCUGAAGAACCAAUUUACCCCAAACUGUCACUUGCUCACUUAUUUCAGUAACUACUAGGGAGUAUAUUUAGGUUACCAGGACGACACACACCAAUCUCCUUGUGGUUAGAGAAAUAGUUUGAAUGUUGUUGAAAGGGAGAGAAGUGUGGGAAUUCAUUGUAAUCCACUGUCUGUAUGUGGUCUUACAAAGCAAUAAAACAAAUUAUCUAUA